AUGGCUGCGUUUCUUGACCCCGUCACUGGACGCCGCAUGACAUUGAACAAUGACCUCGUCUUGGGCAUCCUCAAUGAUGGUAACUGUUCCGAGUUGGACUUCGACGACGACGAUGAAGAGUUUAUUCCUCUGCAGCUGGAAAAUGAUGAAGAAGGUGAAGUUGAGCUAUCCUCUCCGCCUCGCUUAUCUGCGGCAGCUGUGAAAUCGGAAAAUAUUAAAGGUAAAAUGUCUAAAAGGAAGUCUACAUCUGAUAACAUGAAUAAGAGUGAAGCAGGCCCAUCUUGUUCUAAAAAGUCAAAACAAACACGUGAAAUUGCCUGCUCGUAA